AUGGCAGGGCUGUUGGAUCGACAUUCCAGUCGCCCAGAUCCAACUAAGCUGUCAUGCUUCCGGCGCUUUGCCAUGCUGAACGCCGACCAUGGCAUGGCCCUGACAGUAUUCUCAGCAUUAGUGACAGCAUCCUCGUUGACGGAUCCUAUUUCCUGCUUGAUCAGUGCGGUGGCAGCCGCAUAUGGGCCCCUGCACUUUGGUGCUACUGUGUCUGCCCAGCGUACGCUCCGGGAAAUCGGAAGUACAGACAAGGUUCCCGAGUUUAUAGAGGGGGUAAAGAACAGGCGAACGAAGUUAUUUGGAUAUGGACACCGCUCCUACAAGGGUCUGGAUCCCAGGGUUCGUCCAAUUCAGUCAAUCCUGAAGGACCUGGACUUGUCAAAGAAUGAUUAUCUGAAAAUCACCGAGCGCAUCGAGGAAAUAGCCUCAGCAGACGACUACUUCCGUCACAGAGGAUUAUACCCCAAUGCUGACUUUUAUGGUAACUUUGUCUUCACUGCUAUGGAUAAUGGCCCACUGGCGGGAAUACAUGUGUAUGUGCUGAUUGCGGUGAGAUAA